GCUGAAUGGACUAACCAGCUUGGGGACUUGAAACUCACGGGCAGGAAAAAGCACUCUGGGAUCCCAUGGGUGGUUAGAAGCCGAAGUUAAAGGGAUUACUCUUGGCUGUCGAACACAGGAAGUUCUUGGAGCCAAGAGGGAUCACCUGACUGGCGGUGGCCCAACACCUCUUCCUAGAGACAGCAGGACCUAUCAGGAUACAUCAGCCCUGCUCUCACGGCUUGUUAAUUCACCAUGGAGCCAAGAAAUCUUUCGUGAAACUGCACGGUUGUCUUGAAGGCAACUAGCUAAAGAGUUUGGCAGCACCUUUUGUGUGUUUUUGGAAUACUGCCCUUGAGUGUGUGCUGCUGGUCCUUAGAAAGGAAUUUAUGCUGUCUGGGAGGACAUUUUCCUGAGAUUUUGCUGUUGACAUGCUUUUCCCCACUACCUUUCAAUUCAAAGCAUAUGACCUCCAUUCAUGGUCACAACGAAGCUAAGGCCUCGAGGGAGUGUCAUUUGUCAAGGAAUAAUUUGGACUCAGGCCAAAAAUGGCCAGAGACGUCAGUCCUCUGAGCCUCAUGCCUCUUUCUGCAAGACACCAGCAAUGGGUUGGAGCCUCUCUGGGGUGUAUCCUCCCCUUCUUCCCUCUACGUUCUCUAAUUUGCUACUACUUCCUGUCAUGUGCAGCAGCAACAGGAAGCAUGCCUGGCAUAGAAUAUGACUAUGGCAUUAGCCCCAAAUUUGUUUGCACCCCAAUUCCCCCAGAAGCAGACCCCAGCUGCUAUUCCCCACCCAGUGUGCCCCAUGGACCAACGAGUACUAAUGGCCACACUAAUGGCCACAAUGGCAGUAGCCGGAGAGGCAUGAUGUCUGACGAAGCCAAAGCCACCAUCUUACACCUGCGUGAGAGCCUUGUGAGGCAAAAGGAGACCAUCCUUGACCAGCGGGAGACCAUCAGGGAGCUGACAGCCAAACUCACUUUGUGUGAAGGCUUUGGUGGUCACCAUAGCACUGAUCACCAUGACAGCAAUCACCACGACAACCAUCAUGAUACCCAUCAUGAUAAUCAUCAUGACGGCCACCAUGAUGACCAUCACGGUCAUCACAGCAACCACCAUUCACCCUCAUCUUCACACCACGGGCCUUCAGCAUAUCACAGCAGCGAUCACCACUACCCCCACGGCAGCCACAGGUCCGACCCCCACCACAGGAAGGGCUCCUCAUAUGGAAAGCACAGCUCCUUCUCCCCUGAACAGACAGGCAAAACACUGCAGACUCUGAAGGAGAGGCUGGAGAGCUUACAGGCCAGGAACUCCUCCAGCUCCUACUCCAGUUCCCUGAGGGAACUCCUCCAGCGGAAGAUCACUGCCCUCGAGGACCAGCUGCACAGCUACUACCGAGAUCACCAUGACUACGGUCACCAUAACGACCACCAUGAUGAUCACCAUGAUGACCACCACGAUGACCAUCACGGCAGCAGCCACCACAACGACCAUCACGAUGACCACCACGAUGACCACCAUGGCAACGGCCACCAUGACGGCCACCACAACGACAACCAUGGUGCCGGUCACCAUGAUGACCACCACGAUGACCUCCACAGUAAUGGUCACCAUGAUAACCACCAUGACAGCCACCACAACAGCCACCACGGUAGCCACAGGAACAGUCAUCGCAGCAGUCACUAUAACCGCCAUCACGAUCACCACUACGACUGGCACCACAGCCGGCAACGUGGUCACUAUGGUAACCAUAGCCCCCACCGUGAUGACCAUUAUGAUGACCACCAUGAUGAUCAUCACUAUGACCACCAUGGUCACCUCGAUGAUCACCAUGGUAGCAGUCAUCACGAUGAUCACCAUGACUAUCACCAUGGACCUGGACACCAUGAUGACCACCAUGAUGACCACCAUGAUAAUCAUCACGGCAAUGACCAUCAUGACAGCCACCAUGGUAACGAUCACCACCCACGGAGGCUUCCCAAUGGCAGCAAGGAAACAACGUUGCGAGGCGCAGGGCACAGCAAACUGGAAACGGUGCUCAGCCAACUGCACCACGGCAACAAUGACCACGGAAUCCACAAGAAGCUAAAGAGUCCCAACGCUUUCCUGCUCGACUUCCCCAUGAAGACUAACUACAUGUACGCCAGGAUGAAGCGGUCGGUUGUCAACGAGAUCUUUGCCAUGACCAUCUGCCUGUGGCUGAAGGCAGGUGCUGGUCCGGGCCUCGGUACUCCCUUCUCCUAUGCUGUAGCUGGACAAGCCAAUGAGUUGGUGCUCAUCGAAUGGGGCAGCAACCCCAUGGAGCUGCUAAUCAACGACAAGGCGGUGACAUUGCCCAUAACCAUGACAGAUGGGAAGUGGCAUCAUGUGUGCAUGACAUGGACGACACGGGACGGUGUCUGGGAGGCCUACCAGGAUGGGGUGAAGAAAGGCUCAGGUCAAAACCUGUCAGCCUGGCACCCCAUCAAACCAGGAGGGAUCUUCAUCCUGGGCCAGGAGCAGGACACAAUGGGAGGCCGCUUUGACGUCACUCAAUCCUUCAUUGGAGAGUUGUCUGAUCUCCAGUUCUGGUCCAGAGUCCUGACGCCCAGUGAGAUCUACGGCCAGGCGACCUGUGGAGGCCACCUCAUUGGUGAUGUCAUCUCCUGGUCUGAUGAAGCCGUGGAGCUGCAUGGAGGGCUCACUGAGCUCCCCUUUGAUCCCUGCCACUAAGGACUGACACUCCAGUCCCACACCCAGAGCUGUAUCAUCAUCACCCCAACAUUUUCUACUACGUGUUCCCAUCAGAAGUAGUUGAAGAGCAGGAAAAUGUUUUGUCAUGGAUUAAAGAUGGGGAUUUAUCUCAUUGCUUGCUCACAUUGCAAGCUCAGCCAUGAGCAACAGACAAAGCAGGAGUUACUUUGCUUUUUCUAUAUAUUUGCCAUUCCCAUCCGAUCCUUCUGCCUUCUCCACCUUCACCCUCACUUCUUUGCUCUGACACUCUCAGCAGGACGACUUUGAAGGCUCCAAAGAGCGCAGGGCUUUGGAUUUACCGGCUGUGUGGUCAUGACUAUGGCCGCUCUGAGGGAUCCAACACACAUAAUAGGAUUUCAUUCCAUCAGCACAGGUUCAAAGGUUGCUUGUUGCCAUCAGCUCGCCUACACUAGCUCAUUUUGUUUGGUAUGUGAGCAACAUAGACAUUACAGGAGGUGAAAGAGUGGCUAAAAGGCCAUGGAUACAAAUAAAGCCACAUAGAGACCUGAACCUAGAUGACUCAUACAUGUUGCUAAAGUAUCGAAUAUCUGCUCAUUGCUUUGUGGAGACAAAGGUUGUGGGACGUUUUUUUCAACGUAGGUUUGUAAAAUUUGGCACAAUCUACUGGUGUUGAUUUUGCACAGUGAGAUUUUGGUGGACUGUUUUAUACUAGUAUUUCAUAUUGAAAACUUUACAACAGACAUUUUUUUUUUGUAGAAAUAAAACAGAAUUUGCUUUUGUGGCAUUCAAAAAAAAAUCGAAUCAAUUUGUUUUGUGUUCUUCAUGAGCGUAAUGAUGUUUUAAAUCUGAAAGAAUCCACUGUGUCUGUCUGUAAGUGGAUCUGCUUCUCUGUUCAAAAGUCAGCGGUUACAUAAGAACACCAUGGCUCAAUGUCAGACAUGACACAUUACAGCCACGGGCCACCUGACUGCACCAGCACAGUGUUAACUCAACAGGUCACAGCAGUAAUGCAGAUUUCUCUUCGGCAACCGGUGGCUUACAGUGGGAUUUACCUGUGGACAACUGAUCUGAUCCUGCCUAUUUCCAACCAGCUCAUGGCAGAGUGAGACACACACACACACACACACUUGCACAAGUUCAGAGAAGAUAAAGAGGUAAAAGAAGACAUUACUGAUCUCUGUUUGUAGCUGCACCUUCAUGUUUUUAUAACAAAAGAGUUUUUGUACAUGUAAAUUAUAUAAGAUAGUAUGUUUUUAAAUUAUUAAAACAUUUAUUAUGGCAUUCCUCACAUUGUAAAUAAGUACAUAGCACUUUCUCAACCCCGUGUUAACCCUGUGGUUGUUUGUAAAGCACAUCUUCAGGAGUAAAUGGUUUAUUUUUUGUCUAUUACAGCCCCACUCCCUCUAAGUUAAACUUAGAGAGGAUGAACUCUCUUUCUUGAUAGUAAAAAGGGGUAUCUGUUGUUGCCAUGGUAAUAGCAUCUCUCAGCAUCAGGACCACAUCGUCGCACUACAGCAGUAAAUAUCUGCAAAAUGUAAUGCCAAGACGAGCAGCACUUUAAAACCAUGCUCCUGUUUUCCUCUCAUGAUAGUGGGCCAAAUGCAUGUGACGUUUGUUUUGUAUGUUUCUUCUGUCUCUGUUAUAUAGACCUCAGUUUAUACACCACCUCCAUCUAACAAACUGUGUAGUUUGUAAGCUGAAUGUUGACAAAUGACAUGUAAAAAUAAGAUAUACAACUUUACGCUUAAAGACUUGCUUAUUCUCGCCUUUGGUGUACACUUUAAUGUAUAUUAGGUUUUUUUUUUGUUAUCUUUAUUCUUGUGUCUUUGGCUGUAAAUAUUAAAUGUAUUACAGUGUAUUCAGUAUACAGUCCCUCCCUUGUGUGUAAGCCAAAACUAUAAACUGAAUUGUUAAACUUGAAAGAGGAAGAAAAUGCACUGUAAAUGCUGUCAAAUAUUUGUAAAGAUGUUGGGAUUUUGAAUAAAUCUACUUAAAAUAUAUUAUGAAUUCAAA